CCCCGCCUGCGCGGGACCGGUGCGCUAGCCAGGAAGGGCCGCGGAGGGCGCCUGCAGCUGCGCCGCCCGCCUCGCCACGGUCCGGGUGACAGCCCUGAAACGCCGGCGGAGGCCGACUCUGCGCGAGAAGCUGCCGGCCGGCCGGCAGGGGCUACCCGAAGGCCAGGCUUCCCCUUUCGCAGGGUGGGGACGCGCAGGAGGCGGGCCCGCAGCCCCGCGCCCAGGAGGGCUGGAAAGCGGCAGCAGGAAAAGGUUCAUAAUGGAGCCUUUCAUCGGGAGCCGGUGGCCAGGUGCCAGGACUGACUCCGGGGAGGCCAGCAUGCUGGUGUAGGCCUGCCCCGCGCGCUUUCCCUCCCGCCCGCUUGCCUGCCUGCCUGCCUCUCUCCCGGCGGCGGCGGCCGCUGCUGGUGCUGCUGCUGCUGCUGCGUGGACCCUGCUUCCUGUUUGCCCUCCGCGGGCUCCGGCUGCCAUGGAAGAGGAAGAAGAGGCAAUAGGCUUUUUGGACAAGGUUCUGGAAGAUGAAGAUGUAUUUCUCCUGGAGGAGUGUGAGCUGGGAACCCCGACUAGCCCCGGCUCAGGGUCCCCCUUCUUGGUGGCUGUGAAGGUGGAGGCAGGGAAAGGCCUGGAGAUGAGGAAGCUGGUUCUCUCUGGCUUCUUGGCCAGUGAAGAGAUCUACAUUAACCAGUUGGAAGCCCUGUUGUUGCCCAUGAAACCCCUGAAGGCCACAGCCACCACGUCCCAGCCUGUGCUCACCAUCCAGCAGAUUGAGACCAUCUUCUACAAGAUCCAGGACAUCUAUGAGAUCCACAAGGAGUUUUAUGACAACCUCUGUCCCAAGGUGCAGCAGUGGGACAGCCAGGUCACCAUGGGCCACCUCUUCCAGAAGCUGGCCAGCCAGCUUGGUGUGUACAAAGCAUUUGUGGAUAACUAUAAAGUCGCUCUGGAGACAGCUGAGAAGUGCAGCCAGUCCAACAACCAGUUCCAGAAGAUCUCAGAGGAACUCAAAGUGAAAGGGCCCAAGGACUCCAAGGACAGCCACACAUCAGUCACCAUGGAAGCUCUGCUCUACAAGCCCAUUGACCGAGUUACUCGGAGUACCCUGGUCCUACACGAUCUUCUGAAGCACACACCUGUGGACCACCCAGACUACCCACUGUUACAGGAUGCCCUCCGCAUCUCUCAGAACUUCCUGUCCAGCAUCAAUGAAGACAUUGACCCCCGCCGGACUGCAGUCACUACUCCCAAGGGGGAGACGCGGCAGCUGGUGAAGGACGGCUUCCUGGUGGAAAUGUCGGAGAGCUCCCGGAAGCUGCGGCAUGUCUUCCUCUUUACAGAUGUCCUGCUGUGCGCCAAGCUGAAGAAGACCUCCGCAGGGAAGCACCAGCAGUAUGACUGUAAGUGGUACAUCCCCCUGGCCGACUUAGUGUUCCCAUCCCCCGAGGAGUCCGAGGCCAGCCCCCACGUGCACCCCUUCCCAGACCAUGAGCUAGAGGACAUGAAAAUGAAGAUCUCUGCCCUCAAGAGUGAAAUCCAGAAGGAGAAAGCCAACAAAGGGCAGAGCCGGGCCAUCGAGCGCCUCAAAAAGAAGAUGUUUGAGAAUGAGUUCUUACUGCUGCUCAAUUCCCCCACAAUCCCGUUUCGGAUCCACAAUCGGAAUGGAAAGAGCUACUUGUUCUUACUAUCCUCGGACUACGAGAGGUCAGAGUGGAGAGAAGCAAUCCAGAAACUACAGAAGAAGGAUCUCCAGGCCUUCGUCCUGAGCUCAGUGGAGCUCCAGGUACUCACGGGAUCCUGUUUCAAGCUUAGGACUGUACACAACAUUCCUGUCACCAGCAAUAAAGAUGACGAUGAGUCUCCAGGACUCUAUGGCUUCCUCCAUGUCAUCGUUCACUCUGCCAAGGGGUUUAAACAAUCAGCUAACCUGUACUGUACCCUGGAGGUGGAUUCCUUUGGCUAUUUUGUCAGUAAAGCCAAAACCAGGGUGUUCCGGGACACAACAGAGCCCAAGUGGGAUGAGGAGUUUGAAAUCGAGCUGGAGGGUUCCCAAUCCCUGAGGAUCUUGUGCUAUGAGAAGUGCUAUGACAAGACCAAGGUCAACAAGGACAACAAUGAGAUCGUGGACAAGAUCAUGGGCAAAGGGCAGAUCCAGUUGGAUCCACAAACUGUAGAAACCAAGAACUGGCACACAGAUGUGAUUGAGAUGAAUGGGAUCAAAGUGGAAUUCUCCAUGAAAUUCACCAGCCGGGACAUGAGCCUGAAGAGGACCCCAUCCAAAAAGCAGACCGGCGUCUUUGGGGUGAAGAUCAGUGUGGUGACUAAGCGGGAGCGCUCCAAGGUGCCCUACAUCGUGCGGCAGUGUGUGGAAGAGGUGGAGAAGAGGGGCAUCGAGGAGGUUGGCAUCUACCGGAUAUCAGGAGUGGCCACGGACAUCCAGGCACUGAAAGCUGUCUUUGAUGCCAAUAACAAGGACAUCCUGUUAAUGCUGAGUGACAUGGACAUCAAUGCCAUUGCUGGCACCCUCAAGCUGUAUUUCCGGGAACUGCCUGAGCCUCUCCUCACAGACCGACUUUACCCAGCCUUUAUGGAAGGCAUCGCCCUGUCAGACCCUGCCGCCAAGGAGAACUGCAUGAUGCACCUGCUCCGCUCCCUGCCCGACCCCAAUCUCAUCACCUUCCUCUUCCUGCUGGAACACUUGAAAAGGGUUGCUGAGAAGGAGCCCAUUAACAAAAUGUCGCUUCACAACCUGGCCACCGUGUUUGGCCCCACGUUACUGAGACCCUCAGAAGUGGAGAGCAAAGCACAUCUCACAUCGGCUGCAGACAUCUGGUCCCAUGAUGUCAUGGCACAGGUGCAGGUCCUCCUCUACUACCUGCAGCACCCCCCCAUCUCCUUUGCAGAACUGAAGCGGAACACACUGUACUUUUCCACUGAUGUGUAGCCCGAGGAGGGGUGGCUGUGGGGGAUGGCCAGUGCCGGCCCCUCCAGCCAGAGCCCAACACAGACUUGAAAGACUGCAAUAGAAACUCCCCAGCCCAGCACUCCAGACUCCAAGGGAAGCCAACUUCCAAGAACUGGAAUAUGUGCAUCUUUUGUGCCACCUUGUACAAAGCCAGCUGACCAGCCCCCAGCCUCACCGCCACACCCCGGCUCCUGCCCUCUGUACCUCUAGUUGUGUCUAAUGCUCCGUGCUGUUUGGGAAUUGUUUAAUGUCUAUCUGUUAUGCAGAAAAGGUAGUGACCGACCAUGUGUGGGCACACAGCCUGCUUUAUUCUUUCAUUUCCCCCAAGCCUUUCUUUCCUCCUGAGUCCAGUCCAAGGGCUUUUAUUUGGCACUGUGUAGCUGCCACCAGCUUCUCUUUUCUUGGCCCUGCUCCUAGACUGCAGCCUCCCCUCAGUGUCCUCCACCCUUGCCUCCGUCCCAGCCCAGCCGCAUGCAUGUGCAGCUUCAGUUUUUGCUCCAAACACCUGGAAAGUUCUGCAGAGGUCCUGGGCAGCAGUGGUGGCCUAUCCAAUGCACUGCCCUGGGCCUCUCCCCACCCUCCACUGUGGGAACACACCUGCUUGCCUUGCUGCCUGUGCAAAUGUUGGACAAGGAGACAGACUCACACUAAUCCCACGCUUUAGCACAGAGCUGGAGGGCUGAUUUCUGGGGUUUGUCCGCUCUGUCUCCUGCCUAGCAGUGAGGCAUCUUUGACUGUUUCUUCUACUGCUGAAUUUUCAGUUUUUUCCCCCUGGAGUUCUAUUUCCUUUGAGUGUAAAGACCCACAAGUGACCUGCUAUCAAGAGAGCCAGAGGGUCAGGAAGGCAUCCGGGGAGGUAGGAGAGUCCAGGCUGCUGAGGAAACAAGCCGGGUGGAACAGUCAGCACUGUCCUGAGUUUCGGGGAAGCUGCACUUGGUGUGAGUUACAGAGGCUUUCCUGAUGGAGCCAGGCUUCCUGGAGGGCAACUUCUGUGGCUGGUGCAGGUGUCCAGAAGCAUGCAGGCUCCAUCUCGGAGGCUGCCUGACACCUCACAUACCUCGUGGUACUUUUGCCUUAGAUUUUACACUCUUCACAGCCGAGCACUGCCACGGGGCAGCCCCAACUGCCACGUGCGCUCCAGACCCUGGGAAAGGAAGGCACAAUCCAGCAGUUGCCAGCCAUCACGGUGCUGCCCCUGCCCCAGCUUCUAGAUGCAGCUUUGUGGAUGAACUCUGGAAACUCCCAGAAAUUAGAGGAUGAAGAAUCACAGGCACCUGCCUCUCUUGGGACUGGGUUUUGCUGGGGGACCUCAUUGUUGACGCAGGGGAUCAAGAGGUGCCAUUCCCAACUUUGAGACCCAUUGCUCAGUACUGGAAAGGAGUAAUAUUUAUUCCCAAAGUGCCAGCAAAAGGGGCUUGAACCUUUGCACAACUCCCUGGCUUUUCUAUGUGCCAGAGUCCAUUCUAGGCCCUUAGGAUUAGGGAAAACAGCUCCCACUGCUCGUGCUCAGGGGUAAGUCUAAAGGGCUUGUUGGCCCUGAAGCAGAAGUACUUGCUUGGAGAGAGGCAGGAGCCUUCCUGAUCUAGUUUAUACCUGUCGCCAGUGGAACAGUAUACUCUGCACGCUGGAAUAGGGAAAUGCUGACCACUCAGCUGCCUGUUAGCAGCUUAGCAAGGAGCCCUGCUCCCUGGGGCAGGUGAAGGAAAAGAUCCCACCAUCUGACCAUUCCUGAAGUCUCCGCUUGGCACUUGUUGGUAUGUGGUAUGGAAGAUUCUUGCUUCCAGAAGAUUGUCAAUAACAAAUUAGAGGCCCGGCUAGAGCUAAUUACAGCCCAAAUGGGUGUCUCCUGCCUCCCCAAAAUGUUUGCUUUUCAGUGUCAGACAGCUACUGCAGCCCCCAGCUUGCUUAGGCAAUAUGAGAACAGGAAGGCUGGAAGAGCUGAGAAAUGCAAAAGGCUUAUAAUAUUUAUAAAUUCCACUGAGUGGGGAGGGUUGGGUGCCAGACAUGGACUAAGCUGCACCGAGGAAAUAAAUACCUGGUGGGUUCUCCUGAGCCAGGGACUGCAGCCCAGAACCCCCAGUCACUGUACUUAGCACGGCAGCCUGUGCCAACAGGACUUGAAGGGACAGGCUACAGGAGUCCCAGGCAUGCCUGUCCUUGCUGGGCAAUGGGUGAGGGCUGCCAGUUUUGCUGAUAGAGGUAGGAUGGGACCCUUCAUUAAUAUUUGACUUUAAUAAGUUGGUAAGGAUAUAUUUUUUUGUCUCUGUUCUGUUUCAAUUUAUGUAGAUUAUUAUAAAUUGAUGUAAACCAUGUGAAAGGAAAAUGUUAAUAAAAAAAUGCAAAGCCCCAACAUUUGCACAAAACUUAGCCCUGUGGUAUGGAUGUUUGUGUUCUCAGUAGUCCAGGAAAGACCACCAAUCUAAAUAUUUAACACUUCCAGCUGCAUCCAGAUGUGAAUUUCUAGGAACCUGUUUACCUAGCUAUCUGUCCUUGAACCUUCCUUUUGGGAGCCAGGACAGAGUGUGGGGGCAAUAAACCAGUCCUCUCUUUGCUCGACACAAAGACCUCCCUUUGGACCAGGCUGCUGCAGUCCUCUACAUGAGGUACAAAUGUUUAACCACUGACCUGGCCAUCAGUGUACCUCAGAGAUGACCAUUAGUUGUCCACUGGUUUUCGGUAAUUUUUCUCUGCAGUUUCCUUGGAAGUGGCAUGUCUUUGGGUCAGUCUUUUGGUCUAAUCUGCUUGUUGGAGAAGCUGUAUCCCCCAGAGGGCCCACCCUCCUUUGGUUAAUGUAAGCUCCCACCAGCUUAUGCCCUUGGAUACUGUGUUUAUUCUGGAGAUCAAGAACAGAUGUCUCUGAAAAUUGCUGUUUGGUUUAUGAGCUCAUACUGGCUCCCUAGUCAUCUAAAACAGGAAGCUAUUCAUCUCCUCUCUUGAUUGAAUAGUCAGUGUGGACAAGGCUUGGCUUAUUGAACUGAUGGCUACUGACAUCCUCCAGGCUCAUCUUUGCCAAGUCAAUUGGGAGGGCAGCAUUUCUUGUACUCAAUCCCAUGCACAAGACUAGCUGGUAGAAGAUCCCAGGCAUCUGAGCAUUUUGACAGGUACCAGUAGGACUGACUGACUGCCCUUACUUCAGAGUAGUCCUAGGUUUGAAAUAUUUAGGGACAGUACAGGAAACACUCCUAAAUUUGUUUUUUAUUUUGUUUUGUUUUUGGUGCUGGGGAUUGAACCCAGGGAUUCCUAAAUUUGUUCCCAGAGCUCUGAGGAAUGCUCCCAACAGCCUAGUGAUGAUAUAGCUUCAUGCUUAUAAGAAGGGGGCAAGUAUCAUGUAGAAUUCACCACAGAGGACAGGAGCCCUGUGUACUAGCUCACAUUCAUUGAAAGGAAACAGCUAGGGCUGGGGAUGUGGCUCAAGCGGUAGCGCGCUCGCCUGGCAUGCGUGCAGCCCAGGUUUGAU